UAUUUUCUUAGCAAAUUGCUUGGAUCCUAAACUUUUCACAUUUGUCGACAUUUUCAGUAGCAAACUGAUUAGACAAACAUGGCUGACACUUUUAUAGGUCGCAUAUUAUGGCUUUUUUGUCUGGUGUCAGCUUGUGUUGUAACGUACUAUACAUGGAGUUGCGAAGCAAAAAAAGACUGUAUGAUUGAUAGUGAAAUAGGAUGGUUCGAUAUGGAUAAUGUCUACACGUGUGAGGAGGACCAAAGAUGUUGUAAAGAAUAUGGAAACCCAUCAUGUUGUGCUGAAAAAAAUAAAUGGUUAAUAGUAAAAGACCAACUGAUACUUUGGGGUGGAUUAUUUGGCUUUUUGACAUUUCUUGGUCUUGUUGUUUACUGUCGACGUAAAGAUUUCUACGUUCUUGAAGGAAAUAAUCCUUGUGCAAAAUGUUUAGGUCUAAAACCUAAGGAACAACCAGAAGAUGACGAAGAGAAACCCAUUAAAACCUAGUAAUUUUUUUUUCUGUUGAAGAUCAAAACAUAGAAAACAUAUUUUAAAAUUUCAUUUCAACCAAUGUGAGUAUGCUGCUAUCAGAAAAUAGAAUAUGAUUAUUUAGCUUCAGUUCUAGUUAAGUAAUGAAUUUCUUUUCGAUAAAAUGCAGUUAACAUAUAUAUGUUUAUACUACCAAACAUUCUUAUGGAGUUCAGAAAAUGAAGAAAGGUAAUAAUGUAGAUGUUGUUCUCUAGGGAUGUUGUUUUUCCAUUUUAAACUGAUAUGUUAUAUUUUUUUCCAAAAAAUAUAAAGUAAAUUUUAGAGUGCUUGCUCACAAAUUAACAAAAUAAUGAAAACAAGUUUAAAUAUUGACUUUAUUGUUAAACUAUUAAUCAAUAUUUUUGACUACAUUUAUUUUUACUGGCCUUUUUAUUUAAAGCAAGAGCUGUAACAAAACCAAAAAACCUUUUUUGGCAAUUUCUCCUUGAGGAAAAGGGGCGAUUGAGCCUAUAAGUAGGAAAAAUUGUCAAUAAUGUAUAAAACCAUUCUAACCAAUGUAAGUUUGCUGCUAUCAGAAAAUAGAAUUUGUUUCUUUAGCUUCAGUUUCAGUUAAGUAAUGAAUUUCUUUUAGAUAAAAUGUAGUAAACAUAUACAUUUUCUUACCACCUACUAUUGCUAUGGUAUUUAGAAAAUGUAGAAGGUAAUAAUGCAGAUGUUGUUCUAGUACAAGAUGUUGUUCUAGUACAAGUGUUGCUCUAGUUCAUCUCUAGUAUAAGGUUUCUAGAUCAAGAUUCAUGCUUUAUGAGGAAAAAAUUAUCUAAAAUAUUUUAUACUUCUGCCAUAUGCUAAUGAUAUUAGAUUUAGUUAUGUCUGUUAAUUUUUUUAGUGAUAAAAUUUUCAAAUAAGUAUAUCCGAUAUCUAUAGUAUAUCUGAUAUUUUAGGUAUCUUUUGGGUAUAUUUCAGGUAUAUAUUAGGUAUAUCAUCUGGGUAUAUUUUAAUGAAUUGCUUCUAUGAAUGAUUUAAAUGAUAGAUUUUAUGAUUUAUAUUUUUCAGAUUCAUGCUUUUAAGAUAACUGUUUACUUGUCUUCGCGACAAAAAUAAAUUGUUUGUAUGAUUUAAGUGAUAGAUUUCAUGAUUUAUAUUUUUCAGAUCAAAGCUUUUAAGAUAACUGUUUACUUGUCUUCCGUGACAAAAAAUUUCAAUGAAGAUUGCUGUCAUUAGUAUAUUUGUGCUGGUUGUUUCGUUAAUUGUUCAUUUGUUAGUGAUAAUCUGCAUAGAUAAUUUUUCUUUUCAUUCUAAUUGUUUAAGUUUUUCUAUAAUAAAAAUGUAUUAAAAUUCAUGAUAUGCAUAUACUUAAAUUGAAUAUUUAAAUUCAAAGCAAUUCAUCGACAAUGGAUUUUCUUUAGAUAUCAUAUAUUUUAGUAUUCAUUGUUUCAGUGAAAUGAUUGGUAUAUUUGAGUUAGGGAUGCGUGAAAUUGAUUUCGAUGUAUAUAAGUUUAUAAGUCAAGAAUUUGUGUUUAUUUUUAACAAAUAAUAUUUUAUAGAAAAAUUAGUCUUCAAAUUAUAAUAUCUUUUUCUGGUAGCAGCUGUAGUUUAAUAAAACCAUGUGAUUUUAAGAACAAAUAUAUGUAGUGAUCAUAAUAUGUAUGUUAAUAAAAGCUCAAUAGACUUUUCCAA